AUGCGGAUGCGUUUUAGCGGACGCCCACGACGACGCUGUGAGCGCAUUGACACCAGCCAACUGACAAAGCCAGCUGCUCUGAAUGCCUAUCAAAGUACGCUGUCAAGCGAGUUGAGUAAGUGCUCACUGGGUUCAAUUGAUGGUCACUGGUCACAUGUUCACCGGACCUUACUAGCAUCGGGCAAAUCCUCAUGUGAUAUGUCUGAUAGCCAACACGGUUAUUGGGUCUCUUCGCAGUCUCUGGAAUUUAUCGAUGCUCGCCGGCAUAUCCCGGUUGGGAGCGAUCACAAUGAAACUCGCAAAGAGCUACGGGCAAGACUUCGUGCUAGCCUGAAGAGAGACCGCGAAUCCUGGUGGUCUCAUCGUGCGUCAGAGAUGGAAGUGGCUGCUGCCCUUGGCAACCAUCCCAGUGAUGGCCCUGCUCCGUGGGCUGUCCCUUUGGAUCCAACCUCUCGCUCAGAAGUCGAACGUGAGAUCGGACUGUUGAAGUUGAACAAAGCCGCAGGACCAGAUGAUCUUAAUCCAGCCCUCUUCAAAUUCGUAGGCUCUGCUCUUAUUGAUGCUUUACAUGAAUUACUAGUGAAACUGUGGAAGCAAGAGACUGUCCCAACCGACUGGAGCCGCUCCGUUAUUGUUCCCAUCUUCAAAGGAGGAUCGCGUUCGGAAUGCGGCAGCCAUAGAAGAAUCAGUCUGAUCUCCAUCGCCUCUAAAUUACUUGCCUCCAUAAUUCUUCACAGAAGAACUGGCGCUCGUGAAAGCCAGAUUCGUGAGGAGCAAGUCGGAUUUCAUCGGAGUCGUGGCUACAUCGAAAACAUCUUUAUCUUGCGUCAGUUGUUGGAGCACCGUUACACAUAUUGGCGGCCCACCGUAGUCGUGUUCCUCGGCAUCAAAGGUGCCUUCGAUUCAGUUGAUCGAUGUGCCCUUUGGAAUUGUCUCCUCAGGAAAAGUGUGCCCGAGAAAUAUAUAAAUAUUAUCCGAGCAUUAUACACUCGUAGCACGGGCAGAGUGAGGGCUUACGGCAAGCUGUCAUCGCCCUUCAAUAUCUCCAGCGGUGUGAGACAUGGAUAUCCGUUGUCACCUUUCCUCUUCAACUUCGCUAUUGACGAAGUCAUGGAGUUUGCAUUUGCAGGGCAUGACUUGGAAAGUGUGGAGCUGCUCCCAGGAGAACGACUUCUCGACUCGGAGCAUGCACACGACAUUGCCCUUAUCUGUGACAGCUCCCAGACGUGCCAUGCAGCGCUGGACAGAUUAGCACUGACUGCCAGCCGCUUCCAGCAUUGCUUUGCACCAUCUAAAUGCAAAGCGUUCUUCCAAGAUUGGCAAGGAUCGCCUCCUGCGCUGACCCUUGGUGGGGAUCAGCUAGAAGUCGUUCGGAAAUCCAACUAUCUGGGAAGUUGUAUCAGAGCCCUUAGGAUCGAAGAUGAGAUCACGAACCGUAUAACAAAAGCUCGAAGUGCUUUUGCUAGUCUUUGUCACCUAUGGCGUCGGCGAGAUAUUAGUCUCGCUUUGAAGGGUAGAGUGUACAAUGCAGCGGUACGUUUGACCUUACUGUACGGUUGCGAAACCUAG